GCUCGGGCUGAGGGAUCUGAAAGGUUGCCUGUCUUCAGAGUAUGAAGGACGCUGCCCGGAGAGUGAAGAGGGUUAUAUUUAGUGUUUGGGCCCAGUCAGUGCUGGGCUCCCCACUGCCUCUCCUUUGCAGAACUGUCCGUGGCCCCGGGUUGCAAACUCUCUGUGGCUUUGAAACUCACAGAACAAAAACUGAGCACGCGUCCAAAAGGAAAAGAAGAAAACAUUGGUGUUGGUCCCUGGAUUCCACUAUUGGAUUUUGGUGGGGAUGAGAGAGUUCUCCUGGGCGUGAUCAAGCAAAGGUGCCUGCACAGCCAGUCCUUACAGAAUGCGUUCCAGAAGCAGUGACACAGAGGGCUCAGCCCUCAAGCAAUUUCCAAGACACAGUAAAGACCUCAGUUUCCAAGUGUCUAAGGACAUGAAGCAGAGACAGCAAGGUGAAGACUCCACCAGUGAGCCAGGUGCAAUCCAUCUACAUCCUACCUCACACAGUGGUAAUGGCCGCCAAGGAGAAGACCUCUCAAGAGAUGACCUGUUACUUCUUCUAAGUAUCCUGGAGGGAGAAGUGCAGGCUCGAGAUGAAGUCAUAGGCAUUUUAAAGGCUGAAAAAAUGGACUUGGCUUUGCUGGAAGCUCAGUAUGGGUUUGUCACUCCAAAAAAGGUGUUAGAGGCUCUCCAGCGAGAUGCUUUUCAAGCAAAGGCUUCUCCUUGGCAGGAGGACAUCUAUGAGCAACCAAUGAACGAGACUAUUCAGGCUAUAAUAAACAACAGAUCAAGUUCAACCAUAGAGGUUAAUUUCUUUGAAAACACUGAGUUGGACAAAGUUGUGGAAAAACAUAAAGAAUCUCACAGACGAAUCCUGGAACAGCUUUUGAUGGUAGAAAAAUCUCACAGGCAAACCAUAUUGGAGUUAGAGGAAGAAAAGAAAAAACAUAAAGAAUACAUGGAGAAGAGUGAUGAAUUCAUAAGCUUACUAGAACAGGAAUGUGAAAGACUAAAGAAGCUGAUUGACCAAGAAACCGAAUCCCAGGAGAAGAAGGAGCAAGAAAAGGAGAAGAGGGUCGCUGCCCUGAAAGAGGAGCUGACCAAACUGAAGUCUUUUGCUUUGAUGGUGGUGGACGAACAACAAAGGCUGACUGCACAGCUUGCCCUUCAAAGACAAAAAAUCCGAGACCUAACCACAAUUGCGAAGGAAACACAUACUAAACUAGCCCUGGCUGAAGCCAGGGCUCAGGAAGAAGAGCAGAAGGCAACCAGACUGGAGAAAGAACUGCAGACGCAGACCACACAGUUUCACCAGAACCAAGAAACAAUUAUGGCGAAGCUCACCAAUGAGGACAGCCAAAAUCGCCAGCUUCGACAAAAGCUGGCAGCACUCAGCAGGCAAAUUGAUGAGUUAGAAGAGACAAACAGGUCUUUAAGAAAAGCAGAAGAGGAGCUCCAAGAUAUAAAAGAAAAAAUCAACAAGGGAGAAUAUGGAAACUCCGGAGUCAUGGCAGAGGUGGAGGAGCUCAGGAAACGUGUGCUGGAAAUGGCAGGGAAGGAUGAAGAGCUCAUAAAGAUGGAGGAGCAGUGCAGAGACCUCAAUAAGAGGCUCGAAAAGGAGACAUCACAGAGCAAAGACUUUAAACUUGAGGUUGAAAAACUCAAUAAAAGGAUUAUGGCUCUGGAAAAAUUAGAAGAUGCUUUCAACAAAAGCAAACAAGAAUGUUACUCUCUGAAAUGCAAUUUAGAAAAAGAAAGGGUGACCACAAAACAGUUGUCUCAAGAACUAGAGAGUUUGAAAGUAAGGAUCAAAGAGCUAGAAGCCACUGAAAGUCGGCUGGAAAAGACAGAAUUCACCCUAAAAGAGGAUUUAACUAAACUGAAAACAUUAACUGUGAUGCUGGUAGAUGAACGGAAAACAAUGAGUGAAAAAUUAAAGCAAACUGAAGAUAAGUUACAAGCUGCUGCUUCUCAGCUUCAAGUGGAACAAAAUAAAGUGACAACGGUUACUGAGAAGUUAAUUGAGGAAACUAAAAGGGCACUGAAGUCCAAAACCGAUGUGGAAGAAAAAAUGUACAGUGUAACCAAGGAGAGAGAUGAUCUAAAAAACAAACUGAAAGCAGAAGAAGAGAAAGGAAGUGAUCUCUUGUCCAAAGUUAAUAUGUUGAAAAAUAGGCUUCAAUCACUGGAAGCAAUUGAGAAAGAUUUACUAAAAAACAAAUUAAAUCAAGAUUCUAGUAAGUCCACAACAGCAUUACACCAAGAAAACAAUAAGAUUAAAGAGCUCUCUCAAGAAGUGGAAAGACUGAAACUGAAGUUAAAGGAUAUGAAAGCCAUUGAGGACGACCUCAUGAAAACAGAAGAUGAGUACGAGACUCUGGAACGAAGGUAUGCUAACGAACGAGACAAAGCUCAGUUUUUAUCUGAAGAGCUGGAACGUGUUAAGAUGGAACUUGCCAAGUACAAGUUAGCAGAAAAGACGGAGUCCAGCCAUGAACAAUGGCUUUUCAAAAGGCUUCAAGAAGAAGAAGCUAAAUCAGGGCACCUCUCGAGGGAAGUGGAUGCGCUGAAAGAGAAAAUUCACGAAUACAUGGCAACUGAGGACCUGAUAUGCCACCUCCAGGGAGACCACUCAGUUCUGCAAAAGAAACUCAAUCAACAAGAAAACAGGAACAGAGACUUAGGAAGAGAGAUUGAAAACCUCACUAAAGAAUUAGAGAGGUACCGGCAUUUCAGUAAGAGCCUCCGGCCUAGUCUCAACGGAAGAAGAAUCUCUGACCCUCAAGUAUUUUCCAAAGAAGUUCAAACAGAAGCAGUCGACAAUGAACCACCUGAUUACAAGAGUCUUAUUCCUCUGGAACGAGCAGUCAUCAACGGUCAGUUUUAUGAGGAGACCGAGGACCAGGACGAGGACCCAAAUGAGGAGGAAUCCAUGCUGUCCUUCAAAUGCAACUCAUCUACUUCCUGUCCUGUUAACAGGAAGCUCUGGAUUCCUUGGAUGAAAUCCAAGGAAGGCCAUCCUCAAAAUGGAAAAAUACAAACGAAACCCAAUGGCAACUUCGUGCAGCCUGGAGAUCUCGUCCUAAGCCACACACCUGGGCAGCCACUUCAUAUAAAGGUGACGCCAGACCAUGUCCAAAACACAGCCACUCUUGAAAUCACCAGUCCAACCACAGAGAGCCCUCACUCUUACACCAGCACCGCAGUGAUCCCAAACUGUGGCACCCCAAAGCAAAGGAUAACCAUCCUGCAAAACGCCUCCAUAACACCGGUGAAAUCCAAAACCUCUGCUGAAGGCCUCAUGAAUUUAGAACAAGGCAUGUCCCCCAUCACCAUGGCUGCCUUUGCCAGAGCACAGACCCCAGAGUCUUGUGGUUCUAUAACUCCAGAAAGGACAAUGUCACCUAUUCAGGUUUUGGCUGUGACUGGUUCAGCUAGCUCUCCUGAGCAGGGACGCUCCCCAGAGCCAAUAGAAAUCAGUGCCAAGCAUGCGAUUUUCAGAGUCUCCCCAGACCGACAGUCAUCAUGGCAGUUUCAACGUUCAAACAGUAAUAGUUCAAGUGUGAUAACUACUGAGGAUAAUAAAAUCCACAUUCACUUAGGAAGUCCUUACAUGCAAGCCGUAGCCAGCCCCAUGAGACCUGCCAGCCCUUCAACACCACCACAGGAUAACCGAACUCAAGGCUUAAUUAAUGGGGCACUAAACAAACCGACCAAUAAAGUCACCAGCAGUAUUACUAUCACACCAACAGCCACACCUCUUCCUCGACAAUCACAAAUUACAAUCAAGGAAGCAUGCAGAAUCCCAACAAGGAUCCCUAAACCAAAAUCUGCAGGCAUCACUAAGCUUUCCCCUAAGGCUCCCCCAGGGCCUAUGGAUAAGCCUAUUCACCACACUGGCUAUGGGAAACUGCACAUCAUAAGGACUGUCACCUCCAACACCUUCCUCCACAUGGGAGGGAAAAGGUAAGUCAUGCCAGUGCACUGCCUGGAUAUGUUCACCUACAGAAGUACCUGGAGCGCUGGAAUCACCACUAUGGAAGGCCCAAGAGGAAGUGUCGUCUCUCCAGGAAAUGGCGGAGCAGCAAAGUGACAGAUGGUUUAUUCACAGGUUGCUAGACCUGGUGAAUAUCAUACUGAAAGAGCAGCACAGCUAAAAUUAUUUUACCUAUAUACAUGUAGGUAAAUGCAUAUACACACAAUCAUAGGCCCCGACAUACCCCCGAAGUCUUUCCAAUUCCUCAUCUGACUUGGAAUCCAACCCAAAGCUGGACUAUCUGUCAUUACCCUGAGAUAGGAGUGAAAUGAUUAAAACAGUUUAAAAGUUUUCUGGGGCAGCUGAGUUGCUCAAUUGGUUAGAGAGUGAGCUCUGAGUAACACAGUUACCAGUUCAAUUCCCACAUGGGUCAGUGAGC